GGAUGACCUAACUGCCAUCUCUCCCUCCCUCCCCUCCACGCCAAACCAAACUCCUCCUCCUCCUCAUCCUUCUUUAAAUGCUUCCACCCCUACUUGGGUUGAUGCUGCAGUCGCUCUUUCUCUCUGAACCACGCUCAAGAAACCCUUCCCUCUUGCUUGUUUCUUGAUCCUUGCUUCGUGGGGUUGUCGCCCGUCGCUUGUAUAUCGUCGUCGGGACGGCGGUUCGUGGCAGACGAUGAGUGCUGUCGAAGGAGAGACGGUCUGGAGGAGGAAGCCGGGGAGAGAAGCUGGGGAUCGGAAGAGGCUCGACGCCAUGUGCUGCUCUUCUUCUGAUGAUGGUGGCUGUGCGGGCGCCAAGGAGGGAGAGAAGGCUCGCAGUAGCCCGAAGAAGGCGAGGCGGUACGGGCUGGUGUCGUUCUGGGAGCUGCCGGAUUACAUGAAGGACAACGAGUUCAUCCUCGGCCACUACCGCACCGACUGGCCGCUCGCCGAGGCCGCCCGCAGCUUGUUCCGUUGGCACAACGAGACGCUUAACGUCUGGACGCAUUUGAUUGGGUUCCUGGUGUUUCUGGGAUUGACGGUGGCAAAUUUUGUGGACGCCUCAGGUGGCGGAUCUUUCUCGGCUUCUUCUCGUGUGUGUGUCAAGAAAAAGUUCACACGUGGUGCAGCUCAUAAUACGCUAUUGCAGAAUGCUUUGAAAGUUGAUUGCUGCUAA